AGAGUGACAUAGUACACCCGUCGUUAGGACGAUUAACUCAGGUCGUAGACCUCGUGGUGUCAAAGAAUAGGCGUAACAACAAAAUACCCGCCAAACGUGGAGCUCCCCUUAAAAUUCUAACUAGACUCAAAAUUCAUCUCAAUUCUUUUGGUGUCUUCAACAAUAAUCAAACUGGCCUAAAGUUCUUUCCUUAUCAUAUUUUGCUCAAAAAUCACCACAAUCCAGAAAAAGGUGGAAGCUAGGAGUAGAAGAGUAAAAUUUUAAUCUUGGAUUUGACAAGAGUAAGUAAUGGGGCUAUUUAGAAUUUGAAUUGGAACAAGAAUUUGUUGAUUGAAACAUAUAUAUGGAAAAAGGAAGAAGUGGGAAAAUUUGAGAAAGUAGAAAUGCGGCCUCCACCAACAGCAGGGAAUCAUGGACCUCCAUUGAAUAAAUUGAUAGCUGUGGCCAUAGACAAAGAUAGAGGAAGCCAAGUUGCUUUGAAAUGGGCUAUUGAUAAUCUUCUUGCCAGGGGACAGACUGUUAUUUUGAUCCAUGUCAAAGUUAAACCAUCUGCUUCUCAACCCCCUUCUCAUACCACAUCUAGAUUAAACCAGAUGUCUGAUGCUAGCACCGAUGGAUCAGGAAUGAGUGAAUUGGAUCCGCAGUUGAAGGAACUCUUUCUUCCUUUCCGAGUGUUUUGUACUCGUAAAGAUAUACAAUGUUAUGAUGUUGUGCUAGAGGACGUCGAUGUAGUCAAAGCAAUCGUUGAAUAUGUGAAUCGAACAGCAAUAGAAGUAUUAAUUCUUGGUGCUGCAGCAAAAGGCGGUCUUCUCAGAAGAUUUAAAGUCAAAGAUAUUCCUGGAAACGUGGUAAAAGGGGUUCCGGAUUUCUGCACUGUGUAUGUCAUCUCCAAAAAUGGAAAGAUUUCAGCUACACGAUCUGCUUCUCGCCUCGCACCAUUUAUCCACCCACUGCGUCACCAGUUCAUGCAGCAGGGCAAUGCCAAAUCUAAUACCACUGAGGAUUCACUGAACACUCCUUCCAGAGGUUCUCUUUCGGGGAUUCCGAAGCCUGUAUCUGAUCUGCCCAUGUCGAACCUUCAGAGUGAUACACUUAACAUGAAGUCUCCUUUCACUCAUAGGAAAGGCCCAAAUGGUAAACCAUAUGAGAUCUCUCAGCCAGAUACUGACAUAUCAUUUGUCAGUUCUGGUAGGCCAAGUAUUGACAAUAUGUUUCCUUCAUUUGCUGACAACUACGAUAGUGGAGCAACCCCUCCCCGGCUAUCAGGCUUCUCCGAUUUUGAGGCGCAAAAUUUUGAACCCAUUCCCUUGGGACGCCGAUCCUUGGACAUCAUGCCAUCAGAACUGUCAUUCCUUUCAAUGGAGGGUGAUAGAGCAUCAUUCUCCUCCACACCGGAUGACGUAGCAGCAGAAAUGAGAAGGCUGAAACUGGAGCUCAAGCAAACGAUGGAAAUGUAUAGUACAGCUUGCAAGGAAGCACUCACAGCACAACAAAAGGCGAUGGAACUCCAGCGCUGGAAAACAGAAGAACAGAGAAGACUAGAAGAGGCAAGAUUUGCAGAGGAAGCUGCAUUAGCACUUGCAGAGAAGGAGAAGGCAAAAUCUAGGGCAGCCCUUGAGCACGCAGAGGCAGCUCAGAGGCUUGCAGAACUAGAAGCUCAGAAGAGAAUUAAUGCAGAAAUGAAAGCUCUGAAAGAAGCAGAAGAGAGGAAUAAGGUACUAAAUAAACUUUCAAAUUCAGAUUUCAGGUAUAGGAGGUAUACGAUAGAGGAGAUUGAAACUGCAACGGACUACUUUGCACAAGCUAAUAAAAUUGGAGAAGGAGGUUAUGGGCCAGUGUAUAAGUGUUACAUGGACCACACACCUGUUGCGGUCAAGGUCCUUCGUCCUGAUGCAGCUCACGGAAGACAACAGUUUCAGCAAGAGGUUGAAGUAUUGAGCUGCAUACGACAUCCUAAUAUGGUUCUUCUUCUGGGAGCAUGUCCUGAAUAUGGGUGCUUGGUAUAUGAGUUUAUGUCCAAUGGAAGCUUAGAAGACCGUCUAUUCCAGCGAGGAAAGACUCCACCACUCUCUUGGCAGCAGAGAUUUAGAAUUGCUGCUGAAAUAGGUGCCGGGCUGCUUUUCCUACACCAGAGCAAGCCAGAACCAAUAGUACACCGUGAUCUAAAACCUGCAAAUAUUCUACUUGAUCGCAACUUUGUGAGUAAGAUUAGUGAUGUUGGCUUGGCUCGGCUUGUCCCUCCAUCAGUGGCAGAUUGUGUCACUCAGUACCGAAUGACAUCAACAGCUGGAACUUUCUGCUAUAUAGACCCCGAAUAUCAGCAAACGGGAAUGCUUGGUAUAAAAUCCGAUGUAUAUUCUUUAGGUAUCAUAUUCUUGCAGAUACUAACAGCCAAACCACCGAUGGGUUUAACUCACCACGUUGAAAGGGCAAUCGAAAAAGGGACCUUCAACGAGAUGCUUGAUUCAUCUGUUCCUGAUUGGCCCCUUGAUGAGGCUCUGAACCUUGCUAAGUUAUCACUGAAAUGUUCUGAGCUAAGAAGGAAAGAUAGACCGGAUCUCAGCAAGGUUAUUAUGCCAGAAUUAGAGAGAUUGAGAACACUUGGAGAAGAAAAUCCAUGCCAAUCACCCUUGUAUAGUUCAGGUUCCUCAUCAAAUCAUAGCCAAGCUUUCGUGUCCCAAGCUAGCCAACAUGAAUAGCUUAUUGUAAGCAUUAGAUCUUCGACGAGCAUUUAAAUUGUUAGUAGUGGAAAAACUAAGCUAUCCAAACAAGAUGUAAUAUGGCUUUGAGAGUUCGAAAGGCGCAUCAUGAAGCAUAGUCGCCUCAUUAGAUUAGCGUGGAGGUAUACGCCAAGGUGAGAAUAGUUCUAAAGUUCUCAGGAAAGAAAAAUUUAAACUGAAUGUUUUAUAGCAUAACAAGGAAUUGUACAUCUCCAUCCAUAUAUAAUUAUAAUAGAGAAAAUAGCAAUUUUGGUCCUUAAUGUAUUAUUCCCUUUAUUUCGAUUUUGAAAUUCUUGUAUUGUUAAACUGACCACAUUUGGUUGUUAAUAAAUCCAACUG